AUGGAGAACUUGGUAGCUGGCUCCAAUCUUCCUCCACUUUUUACAGAUGAGGAUGGAUCUAAGGAAGGUACUGAAAUUAAUGUAACUGGAUUAGCUAAUUCGGAGAGUUCAUUCAGUGAUGGAACUUCACAGCCUGUGAAUAACCCAGAUUUGGUGGAAGACUUGUCACAGGCUCAGCAGCAGCAAAAUGAGACUUCUAAUGCUGCUGAAACCACUGAGCAGAAGCCUGAGGAGGAGCAGCAAAGAACCAAACGAGGAGGCUGGGCCAAAGGGAGGAAAAGGAAGAAACCCCUCCGGGACAGCAAUGCCCCCAAAUCCCCCCUCACCGGGUACGUGCGGUUCAUGAACGAGCGCAGGGAGCAGCUGCGGGCGAAGCGGCCGGAGGUGCCUUUCCCAGAGAUCACCAGGAUGCUGGGCAAUGAGUGGAGCAAGCUGCCCCCUGAGGAGAAACGGCGAUACCUUGAUGAAGCAGACAGAGAUAAGGAGCGUUACAUGCGGGAGCUGGAGCAGUAUCAGAAGACUGAAGCCUACAAAGUCUUUAGCAGGAAAGCACAGGACAGACAAAAAGGCAAAUCGCACAGACAAGAUGGAGCAAGACAGCCAGCUCAUGAUCAUGAGAAAGAAGCAGAUACAAAGGAAAGAUCUGUCUUUGAUAUCCCAAUCUUCACAGAAGAGUUCCUGAAUCAUAGUAAAGCCCGUGAGGCGGAGCUGCGGCAGCUGCGCAAAUCUAACAUGGAGUUUGAGGAGAGGAACGCGGCCCUGCAGAAGCACGUGGAGAGCAUGCGCACGGCCGUGGAGAAGCUGGAGGUGGACGUGAUCCAGGAGCGGAGCCGCAACACCGUGCUGCAGCAGCACCUGGAGACCCUGCGGCAGGCGCUCACCAGCAGCUUCGCGGGAGUCCCGCUGCCGGGCAGCGGGGAAACCCCCACGAUGGAAACGAUUGAUUCCUACAUGAACAGACUGCACAGCAUUAUCCUGGCCAACCCACAGGAGAAUGAGAACCUCAUUGCCACGGUGCGGGACGUGGUGAACAGGCUGGAGCGUUAGUGACGGGAGGAGGAAAAAAAUCCUUCCAAGGGCCCACUGUCUUUGUAUCAGAUGAAUAUAUAUGCAAUAAUUUCCCAGCCUGAUGGAGACAGAAGUUGAAAUAUGCUUGGAGCAGUUAUAGCCAACCAUAUGUAAGUGCUGGCAUUACCUGGAGCUUAUUUCUCCCACAAGGUGAUAUUUCUACCACGGUAAUCUUGCUGCUUCCUGCUGUAGGCAGUAUUAGGGAGAAUGUGUCAGAAAAUUUGUCAAAAUGGCUUUUUCUCAGAAGAUUCCAUAGUAGUUAUGCCCACGGGGGUGGGGGUGGGGGCAAGUGGAACUAUAGGUUUAGUUGAAAAUUCAUAGUUCUGUGGUUUGGCCAGCAUGAGUUUCAGGGGUAAGUCUAUAUGCCCAGCUGCAGAAUCUCCUGUAUUUACAAAUUCUUCUUACAAGUUCUGUAGGGAGAUUGUUUCUUUGUUCUUGCCUGCUUCUUCCAUGUGCUUGGUUGCUUAAACAGAUGGAGGUGAGGAGAUUUUCUCUGCUUCCAGGAAUAAAACCUCAAACUCCACACUUGCAAACAUGAUUAAAAUUAACCAGUUAAAUUUCACGUGUGUGGUAGGUUCUCAGUGGCCAAAGCUCAGUGGAACUGUGAAAGGGUGUAGUUAAGCUGCCUUGAUAUGACAUGGACUGCUCACUGUGCUGGCUGGAUCUAAUCUGGUGGAGGGGGAAUUACCUUAUCUCCAAACCUCAUCUCACUUCCAAAUCCACCCUAACAUCAGACUGAGAAAUCAGUGCUCAGGAGAACAAAGACACAAAUUCUUUUCCACUCCAAGUGCCAGGAGCAGGAAUUUUUUAUUUAAUCUUCCUUCUGUAUUAGUGAAUCUGCUUAAUAAGGCUUCCCAAGGUAAGUUACUGCCUGACCCCCAGCCAUCCCCAGGAGGAAAGAGUGAUGGAAGGAAUGAAUUGCUGCUCAUACACAGUAGCCUCAAGACCUGAUGAAAAGACAUGGUGGGUAAGUGUGCAGGAGGCUCAGUACACGAGAAUCUCUGAUUAUUGUCUUCCCUCUAUCACUGUCUGUGUGCUUCAGGACCACUUUUCAUAAUUUCCUUCCCUUACUGUCCUAAAGACCAAACAGCCUCUUACUCCCCAUUUGGAGCAUUUAGGCUCUCUAUUCAUGGAGAACCAUUCCCUAUCACUCCCUACCGAGCCUGAAAAUCCUUCCUGUCCAACAUUAAAAAAAAAAUCCUUUCUCUGUCUGUCCCGUUCCUGCUGGCCCCCUGCACCUGAGCUGGCUGUGUCUGAGAGACUUGGAGCCUGUAAGUGAUGCUGUUUGCCUCUGAGUCAGAGAGGCUUUUAAAUCUGAGUGUAAAAUGAGCCUCCUCCAGCAGUAAGCAGCCGAUCAUACACCUCCUUUGAAGUUCCCAUUUAAAUAACCUCCAGGGCUUUCCUAAUGCAGGAAGCCAGCAAGAGGAAGUAAUUCCCUCCUUCUCCCCUCUCCAAAGCAAGGAAAAUGAAUUCCCUGGCAGAGGAGGGAUGCUGGAUUUCAGGGUACUGCAGAGGAGAUGAAGAGCUCUUGUUUGCAGCUUCGUUAGUGAGUCAGCACAUAUUCAUUCAUGGGCACAGCUUAUUAACCCGUGAGCACUACAGAGGAUGGUGUUAUCGCUGUCGUGAAGGAAUUUCAAUUUGUUAUAUAAUUUAUAAGGUAACUGCUGCAUCAGAGGGAAGCCUGUAUGUGCUCAUGUGUCCAGGUCCUGGUGUGAUGCUAGGAUGGGAAGAGGAUCAGGGAAACAAAAAGGAAGGGUCCUGGCAGGAGUAUGGGAGCUGACCUGGUUGCAAGAUGGGGUUUUUUGCUGAUUUCCCACCCCUGUGGGUUGUUCCUGGUGCUGCUGCUUCAUUUAAAGGUGGCUGUGUGUUUUCAGGCCUGAAGCUCUACAUGUGAGUUGGUACUUGGAUUUUUCCUGAAGGUGGACAGAUACAGGAACACAAGUGAAUUUGUGUGACAUCUGACAGCACUGGAGGGAUGUUCAGUGGUGUGUUGGAAAGGAGAGUGUCCUGUGCUAUAUGGGAUCCUGUGACAUUAGAUGUCAGCUUUUUAUAUUCUUAAGAUUAUAUUAGGGCCUCCUCUAUGGACUGGUGUCAUGUGGCUGCCAAGUGUGAGAGUACAGUAAAAUCUUCUGAGACCUUUGUAGUUGCUUUGGGCUGCAGUGAUUUAAUGGGACAGCUUUCUACUGAGAUGGCAGGUUUGCCCAUUACUGGAAGGACUGGAAACUGAAGAACCUGGUGAAGUAACAUUCCUACUUGCCUUGAUAUUACUUGUUUGCCAGGUAGGUUAACCAGUCAAUACCUAAAUGAGUUCACUCCUUUGUUAAGUGAUUUAUUAAAUAGUAAAGCUUAUUCAAAUAAUUAAAUAGACUUUACUAGUGCACCAUCUUAGCUAGAGAAUGCCCUAAAGACAUCUUAAGUCUGAAGCUAAGCAAGCUGCCUGAGGUCAGUUCCUCCUGGACUCAGAGGUGCAGAACUCAAGGAUCCCUGCAUUUUCAGACUGCUCUUAAACAGGUGUUCAGGGUUUAUCUUCCCCAAGGAGAAAUGUGUGCUUGCCUGAGCAUGAUGUUAGUCCUUGGUCUGACUGAAAGUGUGGGGAGUUCCAAGGCAAUUAUACCUGCACUAAUCAUAAUUUGCUCCUUAAUCUAGGAGUAUCUGCCUCUAUGUCCGUGUUUAUGCUAAGUUGCUGAACAAUUUGAUUAGGUGCUUUGAAUAAACCUUGUAAUUAUGCCACAGAUACUCCUGAUGCAUUAUGUUAUUUUUAUUAUCUAAGUUAACACUGCCCAUUGUUGUAGCGUGGUUACACUUAGAGGCUGCUAUUAGAGCUGAAGCUCAGUUGUGCUAAAUAUUGCACAGACGUGCAGUCAGCUGCAGUCUCUGUCCUGGAGGACUCACAGCUUGCCUGUACUAUUGUGCAUGAGCCCAUUAGAACACCCUGAGAAGCAUUAGUGCCUCAAAUAGUUCCACAGGUUCUGUAAUGGAAAUGGCCUUGCAGACCUUUUAACCUGUGAAGGCAGCAGUGUUCCUGAAAUCAGCUUUGUCUGUGUUCUUCCAUCAUUAUCACUGCUUGUUAGACAGAAUUUUGGGAAAAGAUAGUUUCAAAUGUGGUUGGAACUGGCUAAUUCUGAUUUCUCAGUGAGUCCUCCUGAGGGUGGAAGAUAGAGCCAGGCCACUCUCUUUCAUGUCCCCAGCAUGGGUUUCUGUUUUGUCAAAAGCAUAUGUGAGCUGAAUUCUUUCCUGGCUGGUUUGUACUUCACCAGAUUUCCCUGACCUUGUGCCAAUCAAUGAUGAAUUGUACAAGUCCCCAUCAGAAACACUGCAGAAGCCAGAGGAAUGCCAGCCUCACUGUGUAGUACAUUAAGUCAAAAUAUUUUAAGCCUAAGACUGAUGGGUAUGAUUCUUCUAUUUCAAUCUGCUCCUUCAGAUUAAAAAGCUGCUAAAAGCUUCAGCUUGUCUUGCUGCAUCUGCUGUUUCAAGACCAAUGAAUGGCAUGUCCAGGACUGGAGGCUGUGGGUAGGAGGAUGAUAUUUUGUGAUAAAUGUACCUGAUGGUGUUUUUUGUUCACAAAGUUUUUUAAAAGCCUUUUACAGCAAAUGAUCAAUCUAUUAGAAUACUGAAAGAGCAUCUAGUACUCCUUUGACUGUGAGGAAUAAGUAAUGUCUAAAAAGACCACAGACCUCUAACCUAUGCAAAGUUAGUUCACUUUUUGCUUAUGUUUCCUUCUUGCCUUGCCCUCUGUGGUGCUGUUACAGUUAGAUUGGCUAUAACUGCAGGAUAUUAUUUUGUAAUAUUUUAUGUAUUGUCUCUCUUACUAAUUCUCUAUCCCCUUUUUACAGCUUUGUGGCUAAAAGAUUAAAUAUGCAAAGCAUUUAUAUGAAAAAACAUAAAAUAGCAGAUUAUUGCUAUUUUUCCCUUGCUUUGCAUUAAGUUUUCAGUGUCAAAGUUUCAGUGAGGCAGAUUCUGUGGUGAUGGGAAUCAGUUGGUGGUAGAGUUGAUUGAUUUGAAUUUAUUGGUAUAAGAAUACGAGGAUUUCCUGAGUAAGCUGGAAGGUGGGAAUCAUGCUCAGAGACAUAGCUGGUAGAGCCAGUCUGUAAAACCUUUGAAAUGAUGAAAAGGCAUAAAUAUCAGACUUCUUCCUGUUAGACUACUGUGAUCUGUCACAGCACCAGUGGUAGAAGGAGGAGAGGUGCAGAGGCUACAAAAGGCAGCUCAUAUUUCUGGAAGUGCUGGUGGGAUUUAGAACUGGUUUUAGCUCACAUGAAAUUUUGGGACUAAGGCCAAGUGCUAUUUCUGUAAUUUGAGGUUGACCCAUGGCUAGGAUUAAGGGCUUGAAUUCGAUUUACUUUAAAUCUGAGGCUGAACUUGGUUGACACCUGCUGGUUGGGAUUCUAGGAAAUCAAAGGAAGCUUCAUUGACUGACAUGAAAUUCUGCUUUCAAAUACUGGUGAGAAAUCAAAUACUUUUCAGCCAUUUUCCAACAACAAAAUGAGAACUCAAACUGGUGGUGCUUAGGUCUGACCUCAGCACCCUCAUUUCUCCUGUUUAAGAAGCUGGAGCGGGCAGAGAAGAGAAAAAAGACAUCUGGCAAAUAGACAUUCAAUUGGCUUAAUAUAGGGACUGUUUUGCUGCAGUGUAACUGGAGCCUCUUAUUAAGAAUCUGAUGGCACUUCUAAACAAGGAGAGCUGCUCCCUUGGAGGGGGCAAUCUCCAAUCAUAUGCCAACAUUGCUUUUGACAUAUUUAUGACUCCAAUAAAAUCUCCCAUCUGGUAUAUUUUAAAAUAAAAUUGAAAAUUUAUCACUUUGCUGUAGUUGGUUUGUCGUUCUCCCUGAGAGAAGAUAGCCAGGUUGAGCUUAUUGCAUUGGCAGCCUGUCAGCUGAGGUUAGGCUGAGGUGUGAUUUAAAUUUCAAUACUUUCCACAUUACAGCUGUCUGGGGUGGGGAAAUUACAAGGAGAAAAGCAGGGAGUCUGUUAUUUUUAUUCAUUAGUCUCUCCUGAUUUGUUUUGUUUUUCUUCUGUUUCAUUCUACUUACCGCAUGCAGCACCUGGAGGAAAAGAUACUCCCCAUUUUUCUGGGUUUCCACAACCUUUGCUUGGUCAGAGUUGUGUGGGAGGGACAAGGCUGACCCCAAGUUGUGCCUGUGUCUCUGUGGCUGUGAUAGCAGGGUAAGAUCCUUCUCCAUGUGGGGUACUGUGCAAGUUUAUAGCAUUUGGAGAGACUGCAACUUUCAGCAGAGCUAAAGGAGCAGUGCUGAUUCCCAUUUCCCUGACAAGGGACCAAAGGAGAGGUGUGGAAGGCAUUUUGUUUCACUUAACAUAGACAGCUGUAUCUAAGUCUAGAUUUCAUCACAGCAGAGAGAAAUGUACAUUUCUGGGAGCAGAAGCAAACAUGCUGUGGAUGUGCCUUGCUGUUUCUAAGCCUUUAUGAUGGGGUUAGGUCGAGUGCUUUUAAAUGAUGUGCAAUAGAUCAAAUGCGUCACCUGCCACAGGAUUUCUCUGUAUGUGAAUCUUUGUCUGUCCUAGCUGGAGUAGGUUUGGAAUGUGGAGCAGCUGAAGCUGAGUCUGGUGUUCAAGCUGCAAGGCAGGAUCUGCCUCCCAGUGGGUCACUGGGAUUUCCCAUUCGCCUGUAGUGGACAGAAGCUGGGGAACAGGAGUGUUUUGUCUGUGCAAACCUCCCUGGAGUGGAGGGCUGGCUGUAGGCCUCACAGGCAGCACUGUUCUGCUUCCUGCUUUUGAUUCCUGCCCGAGUCACGCCUGGCUGCCUGCUCUGGCAGUGCCCACUGGUGCGUUUGAUUAGGUGCAUUUGUUUCCGUUUCGGUACUCAAUAGUCUGACUGUAAAAUUAUCAGAGGUCUUAUCUGGGCAAUCAAAGGGAGUAAAAUGCCUUUAUCCACCACCUCCAGCAGCUGCUUUGUUGCUCAGGUUGUGGCUGGUGCUGUAAUGGAACCAGUGUCUGCCCUCCACUGCAGCUGUAGAGGUAGUAAGGCAAGAGGGUACAGGGCUAAUUGAGAUGCCCAUGUGAGGGCUGCAUUAGUUUACCCUCCAUAAAAUCGAAUUCUUGGGCCCCCCUAGACAGGGGGGAAAACCUGGGAGAAUUGCCAAUGAAUCUCCAAAUGGAUUUUGGCAGUCCAGACACAGUAGCUUAUAUAGUUCUAAGAUGUCUCUGGGGAAUUACAGCAGCAGUACAGGUGCUUACUCUGGGAGAAGAUUAAAUUCUAUACAUGAACUGUAGGCACUGAACCUAUGUGGGGCCAGUUGUGACCUCAGCCCCACUGCUCUCAGCUGCAGGGUGAAAUGCAGCCCCCAGUGAGUGAGGAUUAUUAACUGCAGCCUGCAUUUGAGACUUAGGAAUUAUUUUCUGUGGAGCACAUAUAUAACACUUAUAUGCAUGAGUCAGGUAUUUGUGUAGUGUGUUCCUCAUUUCUAAACUGUGCAUUUUGGACUCCUUAUUACGUGUAAUGGGCUUUUGUUCUUCUGAUACAUAUUUGUGCAGGUGAGUGUAUGGUUAAGGGUCUGCCUGUGUGCAUUUGAGCACAACAUAAGUGUAUGGAGAAGUCUUCUGGGAAUACUGUGUUUGUUUGUGGUGGGGUGUGCUUUCUCCAGUGUACAUUCUGUGUGCAUACAGUGCCUGUGUGUGUGGCAUUUCAUUUGAUUGUUCUGUUUUGCUGUUUUCUGGGCUGAACAAUUAAGGGUAGUUUUUUGAGUGCGUCAUAUAUAUUUCCUUUCACGGCAAUUGUGCAUUUGCUAAUGUCAAAUUUAUUCCAAAUGGAUAUUCAGGUGCAAUUCUUCAUUUGGUAGACAUAAAUCUUGGUUACGUGGAAUGAAUGGAUGUUUUGUCUGCAUGCUCAGUGUAUGUGUACUCCCUUGGUACACAUGCUCCUGUUGCCUAUAGGAAAAGGUGCUUUGCACUGAAAAUAAUCUGUGCCUGCCUUAUGUGCUCUAAAUGUGUUUUUGUGAAUGUGGGGGUUAGAGUAUGUGGGCAGGGUGUGUAGUAAAUGCAUGGCUCUAAAAAUCUAUGUGCUCAGUUUAAUAUUUGUGCCAGGUAAGCACAUAUUUCCCUGCAUUUGCUGGCACACUUACACAUGUGUUGAGUCUUCAUAUUGUUAAAAUAACAUAAGAAUUGUCCACAUAUUUUCUAAUCUUUAAAAAAUGUCUUGCAGCUUCCAUGGUUUAAAUUUCUUAAUGUCUGUCCAAGUGAUAUAUGUCAAAACAUCAGGAAGGAUAUUUAAGCAGUUAUGUCAGUGGAAUGAAACUAAGUCAUGAGUUAAUGCUUUUCUGAUGCUAUAUAAAAGGGAAAAUGGUGAAGAAGGGCCACAACUAAAAUACAGAACGAACAAGAUCAACGAGAAUAAAGUCAGGCGGUUUGCUCUUAAACUGGAAACUUUUACAGCAAUAGAACUCACAUGACUGUAUUGCUAUUUUUAUGCCAUCCUAUGAUCACACCUUCCUGUCCCAGAUCUCCCACCCUCUAGGGUCAGUCCCCAGGAACCAGGAAGGAUGAUGGAGCCCUCCUAACCUUGUUGCUUCCUCCUGUCUGUCCUGCCAGGUGCUUUGAAAGUGAGUCAAGGCAUUCAUUAUCCCACCAUUUCUCUUCAAUGACAUUUUAAAAGACCUGGCACAGUAGGAAUGAUUGAUGUGCCUGCUGCUUUUCUCUGUAAUUAUCCAGUUUCCUUGUUGGGACUGAAAUUAUUGGCCUGCAAGAGGGCAGUGUCCCUAUUGCCACGUAAAAACUACCCAAACACAAACCUGCUUGGCUGGUGAAGCUCCAGCUGGCUGAGGUGGUGAUGUGCUGGUAGAUGGUUACAAAAAUUUACCCCUUUUUUGUUUCCCUUUUCAUAGCAAAAAGCAGUGCACUGAAACAAGGACAGUGAGCUGUAAUUAGUCCUCAAACAGCUGUGAAUUGCCCAGCUGAAGACCUUGCCUGUAGUCUGUGGCAGGAACAGGAGGACAAAACCCCUGAGAUCAUCGGUUCAGUUGGUUAGAGCAUGGUGCUGAUAACACAAGGUUGUGGGUUUGCACUCACAACAACCUUGUGUGAGCUAUUCAGUGAAGAGUUUGAUUUGAGGAUCCUUGUGGGCUCCUUGCAGCUCUUAAUAUUCUGUGGAGGAACAAAUACUGGCAAAAUGGAAAUUACAGGAAUAGGAAGAUAGUUGAGAGUCUCACUCAGUUAUGGAGCAUCUUCUGUGACAUUUGCUUUUUAGAGGGUGUUCAAGGAGUGUGUGCAGCUAUUGCCAGGGGAAGUUGGAUCUGGAGCUAUCAGGAAACACAAAAACUGGGAACAGUUGAAGUUUCCUCAUCAAAAAGUAGGAGUGUGCCAAGGAUGGUGUGAGACAGCAGAGGGAGCUGACAGGGAUUCCUGUAAGUAUUUGUUGGACAGCUGCUAUUCAAAGCCUGAAGAGUUAACAAAUUACUAGUCUCGAUGCUCAAGGACUGCCCCUCUGCAGUCUGUUGAGUUCUCUGUCUUCACCUGGGCUGUAAAUUCCUCUCCAGAAUGGAUGCUGGAGUGUUCAUGGAUGAGCAAGGUGAGAGAAGAGGGAAAAGAAGGUUGGGUUGAAGGAUCAGUGAGGUAAAGGAUCCUUCAGCCUAUGCUAAGAGAGCUGUUUGUAAUGAGCAAGGAAGCAAGAGGAUCCUGUGUAGCCUCAGGUGUGUGUGCAGAUGCUGUCUCAGCCCACGGGGCUUUCCUGGAGCUCAGCUCAUGCUCCAGCUGCCUGGUCCUCACCUCCCCCUUCCCCUGGCAACACAUGCUGCCUCCCCCCGCCCCCUCUGCCUCCAGUUCCUUGUGACAGGCUUAGAAAUCCUGGGACCCCUGAUGCUGGAAUGGCAUUUUGGCCUAGCUGGAAUUGUUUAUAAGCACAGAGCUUUGAUGCUGUCUCCAAAGCCUCUGGAGAGCUGAGAAGGGCUAUUUUUCUUGUGAUGCUUUUGGAGAAUGCUAUGGGAAAAGGUCAAGGGACAGAGUGGGAACGAGUAGGUCACAUACUCAUUGGUUUAGGGCACCAGGACAGCAUUGGUUCUUUGGGGUCUGCGAGGCUGCUUUGUACAAAUAAGCACCUCUCAGUGAGCUGCCUGGGAAAGAGCGGGGCCACGCCUCCCGCAGCGAUUUCCCGCGGUCCUUCUCUUGCCCUGCCCUUCGCUGUGUUCAGCAUCCCUGCCAACCGGGCAGAUCCCACACAUGCUGUGCAGCAUCCUAAAAAGCCCUUUGCCUUCUGCCUUCACCUUUGUAAUGCAAGGAGAUGUUCUGUAAACAGGGGCCUUCUGCACCUGGCACAGAUGGGUUUGGCAACAAUGCUGCAGGAUUCCUUAGUCCAUCCCUAUGUCACCACCCUGGGUCUGUGUACGAGAAGAGCUCAGGCUUGAACAGCUAUUUGCCCUUUGAUUUAGCAUGUUCUCUUUCUCAUUUAAAUUGGGGUGGGGGGAAGCAGUCUAACAAGUCUUGUUUCCUUUUCCUUUUUCCUCCCUGAUUCACACAUACUUCAACUACCAGCCGGAGUGUGGGGGAUAUGUGAAGGAACAGGAAGCAGAGGGGUGAGGUGGCGAGUCAUUUACAUUGGAAAUAUGAGCUGAAUGUGCAUUUCCCUACUGCUGCCAUCAAUCACUCAGAUUUCCUGUACGCUACGGAACAGAGGAAUGGCGUUUGCUUGCUUCCCACUUCCCCCGGGAAUGGAAACGCUCAUUUGUUUCACUGCCUAGAAAUGCUGAUCACUCAAAACAUUUACUGUUUCAGAGAUACAUGCAGUUCUGAAGCUGAAUUUUUCAGCUUUGUCUUAUCUGGUCUUCAGAAAUAUCUUCAGAUGUCCUGUAGACCUGGGGAAUUACUGUGCUCUGGUAGAGAUGUGAAGGUGCUGCUGCAGUAGCACAGGAAAGCCUACAGGCAGCGGAGCAGAUGCUUUACUGCAGAAGCCUGGCAGAUACCCUCUGGUCUCCAUCAAACCAGUUGCUUUAGCUUGUUCAUGUAGUCUGGCACCAGAUCCAGCAAGAUGAGGUUUUUAGAGUCCUAAGUCGUUCUUAUUGUUGGAAACUUUUCAGUGACUAUUUUAUGGGGCUAACAAAUCUGUUGAGUGAAAGUUAUAGUGGGGAAUGACAUGGAGCAGACAGAUCAGCACAUGUUCACUGUUCAGCUCUGUUGGAAGGGAUGGAGACAAUAGAAGAAACAGAACCUAAAAUGUGGAACUGAGAAAGGAAUAGAGAAAAGGAAAACCAGAAGGAAGCAGUAGGACAAACUAGAAAGUGAAUGAAUAGUCUAUACCAAAUAGCAGAAAAUAACUAAGUGUAGAAGAAUUCAGGUAACCUUGCACACCUCAAAGGUAGAAUAAAAAUGCCUGUGUAUUCAUUGCCCUUUUGAUCAUGUGAGGGUCUGGCACACGUCUGCUGUCUUUGAUGGGAUCUGGUCUCUGAUUAAGAACCAUCUUCCUCUCAUUUAACAAUCUCUCAUUAGCCAAAUGAUUUUCCUGCAGAGGAAAUGUGGACUUCAUUCCAGCAUAGGGGCCCUUGGGCUGUGGACAGUUAGGGACUCAUGGAUAGCUGAAGGGAUGGGACACUAAAACUCUCGUGUGGUUCCUGCAGCCCUUGUUUGGUGAUGGCAGGGCAUCUUGGAAAGCUUCUGUGGUGGCUGGGACUGAGAUGUUGUUGGUAUUCAGUUCAGCUGCUGUAAUAAAGAGGCUGGUGAGGCACCAUGUCCUUGAAGCAUGGUGGUGGCCAGGAAAGCUCUCCUGGCUGUGGGGGUCUGGAGCCCUGUUCCCUGGGGCUGUGAGCUCAGCAGCUUUUAUGAGCUUAGCCACUGUAGGGCUGGGCAGUAACUCAGAUGGGGACCUGUCGGGAAACCCAGGGGCUGGAAGGAAGUGCUGCUGGUGACUCAAUAGGCAGAGCUCUUCCCUCUGUUGAUGUUGGAGCUGAGCCACACAGACACAUCCCUUCAUAAUUACCCACCAGUUUCUUACAGUCCAUGCUUUGUAACCACUGGCAUUCUUGUGUGUGGAUUUGUAAGGCUCAAAUCCAUCCCAGGAAAUCGGGUAUCACAGCAGUGCUUGCAGCUCCUGAGAAGCAAGGAUGUGUUUGCCUCUAGUGUGAGGUGUGUUUGGCUCCUGUGAACACAUCUCAGGCAUGUGCAGGUGUUGUAACCAUGCAGACAAAUCAUGGAUUCUAUGCUGCCUGCCCGGCAAUGGUUGGUGUGGGAUUACGUGCACAAAACCCCGGAGGUGUGUCACUCAUUCCCGCUGGGCCUCAGCCUGGUGAGGAGCCGGGAGGUGUCGGUGGCCUGGUGCGUGGGGUGGUUGGGCAGCACGGGCAGGGGAAGGGAUGGAUGGGCUGGGAGGACAAAGACCCUGCCGGGAGAGACUUCCCGAGCGCGGGGACCCCUGGCAGCGGGCAGCGCCCCGAGCCGAGCGUCCUCCUCCGUCUGCUCCUUUCCAUUAGCUCGGUUCAGACAUGAAGUCAUGCCAUGACUUCAGCUCUAGACAUAAAACACAGUUUCAGCUGUGUUAAAUGCAUUGAAUAGUUGCACUUUUUUUUUUUUUUUGUUUCUUAAUGAUCCUCCUGGAAAUAGGGAGGUGCUUUGUAAAGUUGACACAAUUUUCGAUUGCUGUAUUGAUUGCUGUGUGAUAUUAGUGUAUUUUGUUGCAACUGCUGCCUUAUGCUGAGAAGUUCCUACUUCAAACUCCUUGUAAAUCUGUCUGACCUGUCCUUGUGCUUCCACCCAGCCACGGUGGCUGCCUCUUCUCCCUUGCUCCCCACCAGCCCAGUGUAGUUGAACUCUCUGAAUGCCAUUAAUUGAUCUGGUUCUUCCCUGUGGGGGUGGUGAGGCUCUGGCACUGGGAUCUUACAGACUCUGAAGUUAUGCAUGCCCCACCCCUGGCAGUGUUCGAGGCCAUGGACUAUCCUGCUCUAGUGGAAGGUGUCCUUGCCCAUGGCAGGGGUUUGGAAUGAGUUGGUGUUUGAGGUUCCUUCCAACCCAAAUCCUUCUAUGAUUCUGCAACACCCUUAUCCAACUUGCUACCAAGUGCACAGAUAAUCUGCUUCCUCCUAUCAGAGUUAUUUCUGUGCAAUUAUUCUCUUUGCUGUGGCUGGCAGAGGGACCCACCCAUGCAGUGGGUAUGUCCUGGCUCUGCAACAGCACUGCCUUCCUGUCCUGUUGUGAGAACAAUGUUCUCUAGAAUGUUCCUAGGUAACAACCAGCAGCAGGAAAAUCAUCUCAGCUCUCAUGCUCUUUAUGGGAUUUAGUCUCUGCCACUUCAGAAGUCAGGGACUGUACUCUUCCAGGAUCUGUUGUAUCUUGAUGAGUGAUGGGCUGGGAAUUGGAAAAGAUGGGCUGGGCAUCUCAAGGGGUGCUCAUCUGGGGUAAGUCACAGAGAUGUGCACAACAGGGAUAAUGGUCUGACUCACCUUUGCAGAGAGCUUAGAGAACUCAGAUGACACUGUUUUUUUGCUGACACUGUUUUUUUCUGCCACCUCCCAGCUCCAGCAAUGGUUCAAGACCUCCCUUAGGACUCUGACAGCAGGAAUUCUACUGGUCUAUUAGGAAUAUAGCAAGCACAGCAAUAUAUUGCAGAGCUCUUCCUUCUCUCCCAGUGAUGCUCAGUAGCUGUGCACAAGUUACCACAACAUCAUCAUUGUCAUCAUUAGGAUGCUGUGUGAAAUCACCACUUAGUGUGUUCACUGAGUCAGCUCUUUCCUGGCUUCCACAUUAGAGCUGACUGAUCAAAACUAACACUAACCUGCAAAAAAACCUAGAAAACUGAGAUUUCUGUCCAAAUUCACUUCUGCAUUGUUAUUAUUAUCUGUCAGUGCUCUAAAUAGUAAAUUUUCUGAGGUCCUGAGCUGUUACAAGCUGCUAAUGAUGUGUACAAAGAGCUGAUGGAAAGAUUGGCUUAGAAGAACCAUGGGCUCCCAGACAACUUCUGGAUAAAGGAUUCCAGUAGAGACUGGAUCUUGAAGUUAGUGUCUCAAUCACUGUUGGACCUCUUAAUGAAACUUCCAGCUCUCACGUUUGUAGGAGACAAUGAGGCAAUGGGUGGUUGUUUCUUUAGGGCCCCCCUGCACUGCUCCUCUCUCAAUUUUCCUGCUGACACAGAUUUUCCUUGCUUGCUCAGUUUCAGUGCACCUGCUCAUAUAAACUCGGCUGUGCUGGGUUCUAUCAAGCUGAGCCUGUGUAUGGUAACAGAAGCAGCACCCAAAAGCACGUUCCUGGGCUGAGAGGGGUCAUUAGGAUGCAAGGAGAAGCCUGGCUUCAGCAGCCCCACAGAAACUAGUCAGGAAGUGAAGGAAGUGCCUUUAGUUAAAGGUCAAGUCACCUGACAUAGGAAAAUGCAGGGAUAUUUUAGAGAGAGAGAAGCAGAACAGGAGGCUUCCCUAUGGGAUCUAGGUAUUCACUGUGACUAUAUAUCAUUAUUAUUGUCUUAUAUACUCAGUAUAGACCUAUUUACCUGUGCAUGCUAAAAGCUUUUCACUCAGAUUCAAUAUCAAACAGGAAAAAUUGACUUGAAAUGUGAAUUCCCACAUUGUUUUAUUUGAGCCUCCAGGUCAACCUGCCUUGUCUUAGUCCUGCUUUAACCUGAGUUAAGUAAUGUGGGUUAGUCAGUCUGUAUCCAGAACAUCUAUUUUCUUGGAUUUUAAAAGCCAUUUUUGUGUAACCAGAAGGACUUAGAAAUGGAUAGGAAGGCCUCUGUGGUCAAAUUUCAGGAAGCCAGAGUGUGCCAAGUGGGAACUGGUUAGAGCUGUGGAGGAAGCUGGCAAACAGCUGGAGAAGCCUGAGAGUUUGGGGGCAGCAACGUCCACUGGACCUGUGGGUUGUUUUUCAUCACAACUACAACAUUUCCAGUUUGUUGUAGUUGUGAUGAAAAAUAUAAGCUCAAAAAGUGUUUGUGUGACAGCUUGUUUGUCUUCCUGCAUGUCUGGAGAAGGGAGGCACUUGGUCAGAAGGACAGGUGCAGCAGAAUUCAUAUCCAGCUGCUGGAACACAGAUGUGAUCCCUGGCAGGAUGUUCUUGCUCUCAGCAUUCUGUGUGGCAGAGCUCCCAAAAUGCCCCUCCUGGCAUGUUGCUGAUGCUGUUCAGUGUUGUUGGCUGUUCCCCGUGGCUCAGGGCUGCAGCACAGUCCCUGAGGUGCCCAGUGCUCACCUGUGAACAGGGCUCCAGAGCUGUGGACAAGGCCAGAGCCAUCCAAGGACAAGCUGAAGUGCUCCCCAGGCCUCAUGAGUGGACAAAGCAACUGUGGUGAGGUUCCAAAUGAUAUUGCAGGAAGGCAGGGUUUCUUGGAGUCUGGGUGGGGGCUAAUCAAUGUACAUUCAUCAUUAAUUUAUGCAUAUAAGGGGCUUUUGGAGUGGAGUUGUCAUGCUGGUUUUGAGAAUGCUAACUCUAUCCACCCUGCCAGCUGCUGCAGUGUUGUGGCAGUUUGUGUUGCUGCAUGCAGAAUUAUGGUGCUUUUGUGGGAAUAUUAUGUUCCCUGAAUAGAGCCCCACAGAGCAAUUUGCUUCAUCCUUACAAACCCAUCCAAAUAACUGGCAGCGCCUUACAAAUACAAAACAAUUGAGAAAAUAAAUGUAUUAUACUGUACAUCUGUGACAAAACAAUGCUUUCAUGUGCAAAGAGAGAAAUGUGUUUGUUUAACUUAUGGUCUCUCUUUUGGAAAUAAAUGCAUUCAUUUAAAUCAAAAUGGGAUGUUCUUCACUAUUACAGUAUUUUGCACGCCAGAUGUAAGAAAUAUGCUGCUUGAGGAGCAGACAAAAAACUUGGAGUGGUUGAUCUUACCAAAAGCAUGUAUGUAGUGCCUUAUUCUAGACCUGCCUCUCUUCCUGCAGCUUCUCCUCUCCUGGAGUGGGAAGUUCCUGGCUUUGUGCACGAAGGAUCUGUGUGCAAAAGCUUUGGCAGUGUGGCAGUCUGGUGUCCCGUUUGCACACAGGAGAGCUUCUUUUCCACCUGAUUUGUGCCAGAAGAGAGUGCAAUCAGCAGCCAUGCAGCAGAGCUUCGCAUUGCCAUGAUCAUGAGGCAAAUUCCCUGCAGUCCAAAGGAUUCUUGAUCCUUUACAGUUUUUGUGUUAAAGAAACAUUAGUUUCAUUUAUAUGCAGCAGUAAAAGUGUUAGAUGGGGAAAUAAUCAAUGAAAUACAGGUGGAAUGUUCUAAUAUUUAUUUUAAAAAUGUGCCCCAUCUUGUAAUUUUCAUCUUUUUAAAUGGUUGAGCUCUUGUAAUGAAAGUCUGCUGCAUUUUAGUUUACACAUAAGCUUAACAUCAUCAAGCAAAGUUUGUUCUGGGAGUUAACAUUUGCAUUUUUGAAAGCAGCAGCCUAAUCCAGAGCAAAACCAGAUGAGAAUAUAUUAUAAUAUAGCACAUUACCAGCUGUCUGUCGGUAGGUGUGAGAAUUGUCAAAAAGGUGCUGAAACUUGAUUUCAGUGGUUUUCCAAGUCUACAGUUUCUUCCAAUUCAGUUUGAAGAUCACUGCUACCAGGAGUAGGAGUUGUAAACAGAAAUUCCAGGAAUGAUUAUUAGAAGGGAAAAUAGCAAGAAAAAUAAAGUAUACACCUGAUCUUUUAAUAACAAUAAUGCUCAAACCACCUUCUAUGCUUGUUAUUCCUUAAUUGAAACCACUUCUCAGAUUAUAGGUGAGAAGGAAAGAAUUAGGAGUUUCAGCCCCUUGCCAGUCUUGGCUGACACAAACUGCUCUGUAAUGGUGUUUUUCACAUGUAUCAUCAGGUCUGGGCAAGCAUUUGAUUGUAUUUCUGUUUUAGUAGCUGGAGGGCCCCAAGUUGAGAUUCCCAAUUCAGCAAGUCUAGCAUUAAUAAAUACUCUUUAAUGCAGCUGGAAAGCAUCAUGGUCUGCAUCUUCCCCACCUGAAGUGUGAUAUCUAUCUUCCUGCUGUAUCCAGCCAGCCAGAGGACUCCUUACAGCCUGCAGGAAACGUGACACCUUCCUGAGAGCCAGCACCUGUGUAUUGACUGAUUGACCAGCAGGGCUGUGCAGCAAGGGAGGUUUGGCCUAGCUCUCUUUUUCCCCGGGAUUGAUUAAUCAAAUACUUCAAAUAAUUGCUGAAGUUGUGAUUAAUGUCAACUGCAUAGCUAAUCUCCCAGGAGAAUAAAGUGACUCUGUUUG